UACUACAUAUAAACAUGCACAUAUGAGUACAUAUAGUUGUUGUAUAGACAUGUAAACUAGAACAGUAAACCUGUUUCGUUACAAGUUAACACUACUUAUCAGGCCUAAAAAAUACAAGUAUCGAUAAAAAUUCGAUACUAAGCUAGCGAUGAAGAUGAAAGAAAUCUCUGCAUGGACUUCUCGUUCUCCUUCCUUCACUAACAGCCGAAUAAGCAAUAUUUAUGAGGCAUUCACCGUACGUCACAAGUUCGGUGGUGUUUUAAACAGGAAUGUGUAUGUAGUAUGGUCCGUGGUCAGACACUUUACCGGGAGAAACAUCGUACGCAUCUCGCUACUGUGCACUGUAUUGACCUUAAUGCCGAUGUCCUGAAGGUAAACGCCGGACUUGGCAGUGAUUCCUCCUUAACGAUCAAACCAUCGACAGCUAGCGCUGAAUGUGCUUUCAAUAAGUUACAAGUAUAGUAUCAAACAACCGUGGUUCUACUCACUGGAGUAGGUGCAUAACCUAAAAGACUCGAUAAAAUGAGCAACAAUAAAUUGAGAUUAUUUGGGUGUUUUCUGUGUCAAAAGCAGUUGGAUUCGCCGAGAGAUCUCCAGUGUCUACACACAUUUUGUGAAUUGUGCAUAAAGAAUCUCAUCGAGAAAACUGACCACACCGAACACCUUAGACUAGAAUGCCCAGUAUGUUUCGAUACAUUUUCAGCGCCUUCUUCAGACCUGAGUUUAAAGGAAUUGGUGGAAAUUUUCCCAAGAAAUCAAUUGGUUGACGAAUUGAUCGGCACUGCUGACCCAAACGAAGUCCGGAAGAGUUGCGACCCUUGCCUUUUGGUGAACGAGGAAAAGGCUGCCCAGUACCACUGCAGCCGCUGUCGGCAGAGUCUUUGCGAGACAUGUUACACAUACAUGCAUCGACGAAUCCCCGACCAAGCGUCCCAUCACGUAACUUCAAUAAAGGAAUACUUGGAGACGGGUCCCAUCGAGGCGAACGAGUUUUGUCCGUCGCAUCCCAAAAAAUGUGUGGAUGUUUUUUGCUUUGACCACGGCGUCCUAUGCUGUACACUAUGUGCGUCUUCCAGUCACAAGUAUUGUUUGCACGUAGAGUCACUGGACAAGGCUUUCGAACAAUCUAGCAAGGAAUUAAACCCGAUGCUCCUGAAGCAAUUGAUUGGAAACAUCAAAGAGAAGGUAAACGAUGCACUUGUUAAUGUUAAUAAAAAGGAGAACGCAAGAACAUUUCGAGAUAUCGACGAACAAGUUUCUAACGUUGUCACCAAGUUGAAAGAAAGAAUUGGUACAGUUCAUGAAAUCUUUGAAACGCAACAAAAGAGCUUUCAAGGGAGGGACAAAAAGAUGCUUCGCCAAAGCAAACUGCAAGUGGAGGGGCUGCUAAAAUUAGCCGAGGAAGCUCAGCAGAUAAUACGAAGUGUCGAGCAAAUUGGAAGCAAGCGCCAGACUUUUUUGACCACACUAAAACUAAAGCAGCAGCUUAUGAUUUUUUUCCAGAAAAUUAAAAAAACCUUAGCGAGAAGAACUGAUUGUGACAUUACAAUCAACCCCAGAAUUGAGAAAUUUGUUGAAGAAAUUGAUUCCAUUGCUGAAUUGCAUAAAAAGGAUCUCGACUCUCUCAUGACCUCUGAAAUCCAGAACCAAGCACAGCUGCUGUUUCGGUACAUCAACUAUGAGAUGGAAUCUGAAACUAGCCGGUAUUUGGACAUCAAACCUAAACUGUUGGCAAGGCUCACACAAGAAGAAAGCUCCUUCUGUGGUGGAGUCUUCUUGUCGUCUGGCAAGAUUUUGUUGAUAGACAAAUGUUAUGAAAAUAGAGCACUUUUCUCGGCAACCAACGACGGGAAAUUCACCAAACUUUACGAAUUUCCUGAAAAACCGACAGCAAUAUGCGUUGACGAAAAAGAGGAAAGAAUAGCAGUAAGCACAACAGACGGGAUUCAUGUUUUUAGUUUGUUUCCUUUAUUUGAGCAGAUUAGGAAAAUUGAAACGGAAUUGUACGUUUUUUGCUUAUAUUUUUGGGAUGAACAUUUUGUAUGCUGUGAGUAUGGUAGGAUUGCAAUAAUCAACAAUGGCGGGGAAAUAUUAAAGACGUUCUAUGGACCAGACAUUGUCCCAGCAUAUUUUGGGAUAUCCAACGAUCGUAAAAAACUAUAUAUGUUCGAUGCCAAAACCUCAGAAAGCAUCGUCUGCCUAGAUUUGGAUGGGAGCGUUGUUUUUCGGCGAGAGUCACCACUGACUUUAGAAAAGAGGGAUGCCUACUGGCAUGGAAUGGAUCUGGAUUGCUAUGGGAAUCUAUACGUGUGCGAGAUUGGAGGGGAAGUUUACCAACUUGAGAGCAACGGUAACAGGAUGCGCCCCGUGCUAUCAAGAGAGGAUCGAGGCCUAACUCCCAAACCAAAGAAACCUAAAUCAGGCUCGGACUCCGACAGCUCCGACUCCGAUGACGACUGGGAAGAAUUAGACCGCGAGAAGACCAUUUCAUUCGAUAGGUCUGGGAAAAGAUUCCUUAUUUGCUCACGGUCCGACACAGUGGAACUUUUUGAAAUUAAUUAAACUGAAGUGUAUGAAGCUUCGACUGUUGCAGUGUUACUGGUAAUAGACCUAGGGGAACUGUACUGUCCCGGGCUUUAGAACCGCAUCACUAUUGCAGUGGCACCUGUUCAAGUGAUUUCUUACCAGAAAGUCUUGUUGAACACCACAAAUACUAUUACAGUAUAUAGGUCUUUGUAGUGCGAGUUCAUAGAAACAGAAAACUUGCAGCAAUUCAACGUUUAGACAAUUUUAUUUUUUAUUGUGCGUUUAAUGUUUAUUCAUAUUUGCACCACUACAUAUUUGAGUAUAGAUAAACGUUAUUAUAUAUGUUCUUACCACAAUAAAAUUUCCUAUACCAG